AUGGCCACCGAAAAAAGUUCGAGAUUAGUGGUUUUUUACGCAUCACAAACCGGGAAUGCUGAAUGGAUAGCGAAAAAUGUUCAUCAGGAAGCAUUAAAACGCGGGUUCUCCAGCGAAUGCUUCGUCUUAGACGAACACGAUCAAGUCGACCUUUCCAAGGAAAAGCUUUUGAUUUUUGUCGUUUCCAAUACGGGAGACGGCGAUCCGCCGGAUAACGCGACGAAGUUCUUCAGAUUUCUAAGAAAGAACAAAUCAAAGACUUUUCUGAGUCUCGGGGAUACAAAUUACUCGAAUUUUAAUAACACUGCAAAACGAUUGGAAAAGAAAUUAUUGGAAUUAGGGGCUUCACCUUUUUAUGGCAAAGGCUUGGCCGAUGACGCGGCAGGUCUUGAAACGGUCGUGGAUCCUUGGAUCGAAAAUUUGUGGACCGCUCUGGCUGACGUUUGUGUUCAAGUGCGGAAGGAUGAUAUCGAUGUAGAAGAGAUUACCGGUUCAGUCAAAACGCUUUCAGUCGCAGGCACCACCCAAAUAGCACAGGAAUCAUUGGAAAUUCAUGCUACUAAUGGAAAAUCAAACGAUAAUUCCGAUUUAAAAAAUCAUGAUUUACCAAGGGAUCUGAGGGGCAAUAAAGUUGUGCUAGAUUUCUCGGAACUUGAUGAGACUUCACAGCUUACAGCCUUAUCUCGUGUUCCAGUCGCAUGUUGUAGGAUUGUUAAGUUAGAAAAGGAAAACUUUAUUCCGUGGUCGUCUUUUCCUUCGUUUAUAGUUACACCGACACCAAUUAUUAAUUCAAGAUUGGAUUCUGUGCGUUGUCUGACUCAGCCGGACUCUAUUAGAAAGACACUUCACAUGGAAUUAGAAAUCAAGGAACAUGGAAAAGAGAUUGUGUUUUCCCCCGGGGAUGCCUUUGGAAUAUUGGCGCCCAACGAUGAAGUAUUAGUUAAGGAUGUAUUGGUCGCCUUAAGAAUAGAUGAAAAUGAAGCCAAACAAGAAAUAUCUAUUGAACCUGUCGAAGGAUCCGAACUUCCAACACAUUUGAAGCAAGCUAAAUCUACAUCCGUGAUUGAGCUAUUACGUUAUGCUGUUGACCUAACCUCCUUGCCACGUAAGGCAUUAUUGAGAAUGAUGGCCGAAUAUGCUUCUGACAAACUAGAAAAAAGGAAUUUGCUUUUCUUGUGCAGCAAGCAAGGCGCUCAACAGUUUAACCGAUUGCGCGAGCAAGUUCCUACGGUCCUCGAUUUAUUGGCAACUUUUCCUUCGUGCAAGCCUCCAAUUGAACGACUUCUUGAUACGCUUCCACCGCACCGACCGCGGUAUUACUCGAUUGUCAAUUCACCGCUUUCAAAUAGCAACACUCUUCAUUUUGCCUUCAAUGUCAUAGACUACCAUACUCCGGAUCCCUAUAACGUUCGCAAACUUGGAGUGUGCACUUCAUGGUUAAACAAACUGAGCGGUGACACAACGAAACAGAUGAGAACCCUUAUAUCACAAAAAAUAGACAUUCCCAUUUUCAUAGAGAUGAACACGCGAGGGUUUACCGUCCCACCGGACAUUUCCAAACCCUUGAUUAUGAUCGGCCCUGGUACAGGGGUCGCUCCUUUCGUCGGUUUUCUACAACAUCGAGAAUUUCAGAUAAAAGACCUUUUGAAACGUGAUGUAAUAAUAGGUGAAAUGUGGUUGUUCUAUGGAUGUAGAGAAAAGGAAAAGGACUUUCUGUAUCGUCAGGAGCUUGAAGGAUUUUUAGAACGAGGAAUAUUGAAAAAAUUAUUGGUUGCAGAAAGUCGGGCACCUGGUGCCGGUUUGGGUGGAAAUCCAAAGUAUGUCCAAGAUCUUUUGAGGAGUUUCGGACGUGAAAUUUACGAAUUGUUGAGUCGAAGAGAAGCGAUGAUUUUUGUAUGCGGAGAUGCAAAGGGUAUGGCCAAGGAUGUCAAUGAGUCGUUGACUGAAGUUCUUGUAGAACACGGACAGAUGGAACGAUCUGACGCUUCGAAAUUAUUGACAAGAUGGCUGGAAGAAAAACGAUACUUGCGAGACUUGACGUUAGAUGGCUCGAUGUCGGUGAACCUUCAACACGUGCCCAGCAUCCAACCUUCGAGUCCCAUCCGAUGA